UAGAAUCAGGCAGCAGAGGAGCUCGAAGGGACAUCAAGACUUCUGCAUCAAGAACAUCAGACAGGCCGGCCUCGGACGCAGGGAGAUAACGAUCGCUGAGCAAGAGAUGCCAGCUCUGAUGUCCCUGAGAAAGAGAGCAGAGGGAGAGAAGCCACUGGCUGGAGCUAAAGUAGUGGGCUGCACUCACAUCACCGCUCACACAGCCGUGUUGAUGGAGACUCUGUCUGCGUUGGGGGCUCAGUGUCGCUGGGCAGCCUGUAACAUCUACUCCACCCAGAACGCUGCAGCUGCAGCUCUGGCUGAGGAAGGCUUCCCUGUGUUUGCGUGGAAGGGGGAGUCGGAGGACGACUUCUGGUGGUGUAUUGACCACUGUGUCAGCCUGGAGGCCUGGCAGCCCAAUAUGAUCCUGGAUGAUGGGGGAGACCUGACCCACUGGAUCGAUAAGAAAUACCCCAGCAUGUUCAAGAUGAUCAAGGGCGUCGUGGAGGAGAGCGUCACAGGCGUUCACAGGCUGUACCAGCUGUCCAAGGCAGGGAGGCUGUGUGUUCCUGCUAUGAACGUCAAUGACUCAGUCACCAAACAGAUGUUUGACAACUUCUACUGCUGCAGGGAGUCCAUACUGGAUGGGUUGAAACGGUUGACAGAUGUGAUGUUUGGGGGAAAGCAGGUUGUGGUGUGUGGUUAUGGAGAGGUUGGUAAAGGUUGCUCUGCCGCUCUGAAGGCCAUGGGCUCAAUAGUGUACAUCACAGAGGUCGAUCCCAUAUGUGCCCUGCAGGCCUGCAUGGACUGCUUCAGACUAGUCAAGCUCAAUGACGUCAUCGGACAGGUGGACAUGGUCAUCACCUGCACGGGCAACAAGAACGUGGUGGGAAGAGAUUAUCUAGACAGAAUGAAGAACGACUGCAUCGUCUGUAACAUGGGUCACUCCAACACUGAGAUAGACGUGGCGAGUCUGCGGAGCCCAGAGUUGACCUGGGAGAGAGUGAGAUCACAGGUGGACCAUGUCAUCUGGCCAGAUGGCAAGAGAAUUAUCUUACUGGCUGAGGGUCAUCUGUUGAAUCUGAGCUGCUCCACGGUACCCUCGUUCAUUCUCUCCAUCACCGCCACCACACAGGCGCUGGCUCUGAUUGAGCUGUACAAUGCCCCAGAGGGACGAUACAAUAAAGACGUCUAUCCCCUGCCAAAGAAGAUGGACGAGUUUGUGGCCGGACUCCACCUUCCAACGUUUGACGCCCACCUCACAGAGCUGACUGAUGAGCAGGCCAAAUACCUGGGCCUCACCAAGACUGGACCCUUCAAAACAAACUACUACAGGUACUAAUCCAUGGAAGUGAAGACCAAAGAUACACCAGAGCACCCCAAUGACAUGUGGCUCAGAGGAAGCGAGGACCAGGGAGACCUGAAUCAGAUUUGUGUAUGUGGGGAAACUAGCCCAGCGCUGAGCUGUAACACCCCAACCAUGACGGUCAGACUGACCUUUAACCCCUGACCCCUGCUGAGCCAUCUGACCCAUAGAGAUAAAUAGAUAACUCUAGUGCCCAAAAGCCUGGGUUUGGAGGAGGUGUACGUCAACAUGUAAUAGAGAAACACAGAUUAUCUACUUUUUCAUAGACUUACUUUCAGUUACAAAUCUUCUCAAAGAUACAGUAUCUAAACAAUGUUUCAACUUUCUGAAUGUAAAUAAAAGCAGAUAAGCAAUAACCAAAAGGUAAAAGAUUAAUAAAAUGUU